AUGCCUCAACACGAGUAUACCCCACAGAAGUAUGUACCCAUUCAAACGAAUGGUUUCGGCGAAGGGAAGUCACAAUUUGCAUCCGAUGUGCAACUUGAGUCCACUGAUGGCGAUGCAAGCUUCCAAUUUACUUUCCAAGCAGUUCGUCCGGGACUCUUCCGAACAACUUUCUCUUCGAAAACUCAUCCUCUUCCUCCCCAUCCCAGUUGUCCUCGUCCCAAAACAGAUCUUGCUGGUCUCAAACCUAUCUCCGAAUCCACAGCCUCACAGAAGACAACCAUAGUUGGAGAUAUUAUAGCUACCAUUGAAUGGAGCGGCCCUCCGGUUGUCUCCUUGCAAUUCUCCGGCCAGAGCGCUGCAAUCCAUCGAGACCUCAACUUUCGAUCCUAUGUGGUGGAUUCCACCGGAAUUGCACAUUAUACACAAUACAAGAGGGACACAUUGCAUGUUGGCCUGGGCGAGAAAGCUGCACCUAUGAACCUAUCAAACAGGCAAUUCAUCCUCUCCGCAACAGAUUGCUUUGGAUACGAUGUCUAUAGAACCGACCCUCUCUACAAGCACAUCCCGCUUCUGAUUAAUGUAACCCCGGAAGGUUGUGUUGGUAUAUUCUCGACCUCUCAUAGCCGAGGAACGUACUCAGUUGGAGCGGAGAUUGAUGGACUCUGGGGACAUUUCAAGGUUUACCGGCAGGACUAUGGGGGUUUGGAAGAAUACCUAAUGGUGGGGAGGUCAAUCCAAGAUGUAAUCAGGAUAUAUGCAGAUCUUGUGGGAUACCCUAUGCUUGUUCCACGCUGGGCAUUUGGGUAUAUUGCUGGCGGUAUGAAGUAUUCGAUGGUGGAUGAGCCUCGGGCUUCUGAAGUGUUGAUGGACUUUGCUGCAAAACUCAAGAGGCAUGAUAUUCCUUGCUCGGCAUUUCAGAUGUCGUCUGGAUACACUGUUGCAGAAACAGAACCCAAGACUAGAAAUGUCUUUACAUGGAAUCGACACAGGUUUCCAGAUCCUGAAGGCUUCGUUUCCAAGUACCACGAUGAAGGUAUUCGCAUCAUUGCGAAUGUGAAGCCUUAUGUUCUCUCCAAUCACCCUGAGUAUGCCAAACUACUAUCAUCUGGUGCUUUCUUCACAGAUCCAAGAACCAAGAAAUCAGGAAUUGCUCGGCUAUGGAGUGCUGGUGGAGGUGAGAGUGGCGAAGGGGGCCAUAUUGACUUCACCUCCAAGGCUGGGUUUCAAUGGUGGUAUGAGGGUGUGAAGGCUCUCAGAAAGUGUGGCAUUGAAGGCAUUUGGAAUGACAACAACGAAUACACCAUUCCUGAUGAUGGUUGGCUGUGCGCUCUGGAUGGCGAUGAGCAAGAAACACCUAACAGCGGGAAGAGUAUUGGCCUCUGGGGAAGAAGUCUUCACACAGAGCUUAUGGGGAAGUCAUCUCAUCAUGCCUUGGUUGAGUUGGAGCCGGAAGUCAGACCUUUCGUUCUCACCAGAUCUGCUACUGCUGGAACAAUGAGAUAUGCUGCCAGUUCAUGGGGUGGGGACAAUGUGACAAGUUGGGAUGGGAUGAAAGGUGCGAAUUCGCUGUCGUUAAACGCCGGGAUUAGCUUGCUUCAAUGUUAUGGUCAUGACAUUGGCGGUUUUGAAGGUCCACAGCCGAGUCCAGAGCUUCUUUUGCGUUGGGUCCAACUAGGUAUCUACUCUCCUCGAUUUGCAAUCAACUGUUUCAAGACAGACGACAAUGAUAACACAAUUGGUGGUGUCAUCGAGCCAUGGAUGUAUCCUGAGAUUACCCCUCUCAUCCGCGACACGAUCAAGCGCCGCUACGAGAUCAUUCCAUACUUAUACUCCCUCAUGCUCGAGAGUCAUAUGUCAGCUUCUCCUCCUCAGCGUUGGAUUGGUCAUGGCUACGAAUCAGACCCAGAAGUAUGGACACCAAAAAACAUGUCUGGCGAGACUCAGUACUGGCUGGGAGAUACCAUUCUAGUGGGCGGGGUAUAUGAACCUGGAAAGACGACCACGAGAAUGUACCUUCCCUCCAAAGGUAGCACUGACGACGGCUAUAUUAAUCUCAACGCCCCAUACCAAUAUUUCAAAUCUGGCCAAUGGGCAGAGGUCAAAUCCGAGUGGAGAGAGAGUAUCCCUCUUCUGGCACGAGUUGGUGGUGGCAUCGUGGUCGGAAAGAAUAUCCAAACUCGAUCAACCGGAGAUCAUAGAUUCCCCUCACAUAAGGUUGUGGAAGAUGAUUAUCGUGCGGUUGAGAUCUUUCCAUUUGCAGGUGGCUCUAGCAGCACAUACUCGUACACUUGGUAUGAAGAUGACGGGAUAUCUUCUCGACCUGAGAUCUCAACUUUUACACUCCGGUACCAAUCCACUCCAGAUAAUAUUGUGGUAGAGUAUGACAAGUCGGGUAACUUCGUGCCUCUCUGGAAGGAUCUCGACAUUAUUUUGCCUAUGGGAGAUCAGAGAUCUGUUAUCUUGAGCGGCUCUGGGGCUAAGUGCGCGAAAGCUAUGGAGAGUCGUGAUCGACAGGUCUUCACGAUUCCUGCGGCAUAACUUAGAGCCUUUUCUCUAUUCAUUAUAGAUAUGUAGCGAGG